AUGUCAUUCCCAACCUUCACCAAACCCAACAGACCCCUAACCUGGCUCAUAACCGGCUGCUCCUCCGGCCUCGGCCUCUCCAUCGCCCGCCUCGCUCAAUCCAACCACCAAACCGUAAUCGCCACAUCCCGCACCCCAUCCCGCACCCCAGACCUCGUAAACGAGAUCACCCAAAAUGGCGGCGAAUGGCACACACUAGACGUGAACAACCAAACCGCCGCCUCAGAGCUACUAUCGACACUUGAGCAUUCAGGCCACUAUAUCGAUGUCCUCGUCAAUAAUGCAGGAUACGCCAUCUUGGGGGCAGUCGAGCAGUUCUCGGAUUCGGAGCUGCGGGCACAGAUGGAGACGGUGUACUUUGGGCCGAGUCGUUUGAUUCGGAGUUUCGUGCCUGGGAUGAGGGAGAGGAGGUUCGGGGUUGUUGUGAAUAUUAGUUCUGGGGCUGGGUUGGAGGGGAGGGAGAGUAUGGGUGCUUAUGCGGCUGGGAAGGCUGCGUUGGAUGGUUUGUCCAGAGUGCUUGCGAAGGAAGUUGCUCCGUUCAAUGUUCGGCUCUUGACUGUGUGGUUGGGGGUGUUUAAUACGACUUUUGGCGGUGCUUGUCUUACGCCUGAAGAUCCUUUGCCGGGAGACUAUGAGGGGUCUGUGGUUGCUCAAACGUUGGAGGCUAUUACCGAGGGCAAGCUUGUUGUAGAUGGGGAUAAGGAGAAGGCUGCGAGGGCGAUCUAUGAGGUCGUUCAGGGAGAGGGUGUUGGGAUUGGGCAUGAGAGUGAACGUUUCUUGCCUUUGGGGCGAGAUAUGAUUCCUCGUGUUCAGUUGGUCCGCGAUCAGCUUGAUCAUUCGCUUGAUGUUUUCGGAGGCGUUGCUGGCAAUGUAUUCUUGACGCAGUGA